AUGGGUCGCCAAAGCCAGGAUCGGCCCAUCGUCAUCGACGCAUACCAGCUACGUUUGACGAGGUCGAUGUGGAUCGUCCAAGCUGUUCCGGUGGAAGAAAGCGAGAUGCUGGGAAGGGUCGUGAUGCCCGAGAGUUGGGUGUCGGCACGCUCGGUCAUGCGCGCUGUUCGGAGACGCAGAGGCGAGAUGCGACCGCCACAGUCUGUUUCUUCCAAAAGAGUCGGAGCAAAGCGUCGAAGGUCGAAAUCUGCAUGCAAACCCGGGGUCAAUACUGUGGCCUGUCGGAGAGCCUUUGAACAGAGCAAUGCAUGGCUCGAGUUGCAAAGCUUGCGCUCGACCUCGUCACGUGUGCGUCUGCCUUGCUGCGAUGCCCUGGGUCAAGAAGCGGCGUCUGUGCGUCGGUGA